UGGUCUGAAAUCAACAUGAUGAAGCUCCUGAGGCUCCUGGCUGAGAGCUGGAGAGGAGGGGUCCCUCUUCUGUACUCUAACCUCGAGCUUCUUCUACCCGCCGGGGCCGAGGGGACUUCAGUCCACUACCUGGAUAAGAAGACCUGUUCUGGGCUGCAGACUGAGCCGGUUCCCUCUGACACUGACCUCCAAGUCCAGCAGCUGGAUGGAAAUGUCAGUCCAAAGGUCUCAGCCACCAACAGCAAAACUGUGAGGAAUAUCUCCAGGCUGAGCAGAAGGAAACAUGUCCCUGCAGUAUUUGACACCACAUUAUCGCCCAGUUUGAUACAAACUCAUCAGAGAACAUUAUUAUCAUCAAAGAGAGCCUCUAGUUCAAGAGACAAGACUGAACAAACCACAGCCAAAGUGGCAACAGACUGUUUGGAUGCCUUAACAGACUUCUUUGACCUCAUGUCGUACCUUGAUUCCACAAUACCAGCAGCUGCAGCACCGCGUGUUUCGGGCCCGUGCACAGCUGAGGCGUUUGUCUGGACAGGAGCUGAGAUGAAGGACGGCUUGUUGGAUGAGAUGCGCGAGGACGAGGAGGUGGACAGGAUGCAGAGCCGGGAGAAGCUGAUAGAUAUCCAGGCUGCGGUUGAGGGCUUGGGGUGUCACAGGUGCUGUUGGCAGGUGUCUGAGGCGUGGGCCGAAGCCCAAAAAUAUAGACAGGAACUUGGAGACGCAAGAUGGAGGAAGCUGGUGGACAGACUGUCGCCACCUGCCUCUUCCAAAAGACAGAGCCUCAGCUAUAGUUUCCAACCUCUGUGUGCACCAAGUGUGUCCAAAAGGAGGUACGAGCUGAGCAGGAUGGUGCUCGCCAGUAAAUCCUUCAGCCUGCUGGGAAACAGACGAGCCAUCAGUGUCGACUUCAUGCCAGUCCUCCGAUUCAUCUGUCGCUUUCAGAGAGAGCAGCAACAGAGAGACGAGCCAGUAGGGUGUCUGAAAUACCUCAGCAGCAAACACCUGGGCCUCUCAAAGUCAACCUUUCAGCUCCUGGCAGAGGAUUUCUCAUAGAGAAAAGAACCUCAAUACCUCACAGUGCUCCUGUCAGUAUUUA